AAUUUCUACGAUCUGAGUACAGUGAUGAGAAUAUCAUGUUUUGGCUCGCAUGUGAACAGCUCAAACAAGAGACAAACCCGGAAUUGAUCGAGGAGAAAGCACGCAUGAUCUACGAAGAUUUUAUCUCCAUUCUCUCCCCACGAGAAGUGAGUUUGGACUCACGGGUCAGAGAGAUUAUCAAUGCCAACAUGAUAGAACCAACACCUCACACUUUUGACGAGGCUCAAUUACAAAUUUAUACACUGAUGCACCGGGACUCGUACUUACGCUUCCUCAACUCCCGAAUGUACAAAGAGCUGUUACAACAAACCACCAAUUCCGGUUCCACUUCUAGUCUGCAGUGAAGGUUAACAGAUUCGAUGUUUCGCCGUUUGAUAUGGACUCAGGAAAUUGGUGAAACGACGUUCCGAUUUCUAGUUUGGAUUCUUAUCCCUCGUUUCGGCAAACGUUGUUGUAAACAGCGGCUGGAUCCGCUGGAUACCGCACUGGAUACCAGAGCAAAUACCCAUGCAACUGGGCCAAAUGCGACAUGUUCUCUCCAUCUCUCAAUUGAGAGUUCACUGGUGAUUGUGAUCUUUCUCAUAUUGCGUGUACUUAAUAAGUUCUAAAACCUUUAUGUUUCCCUCGAAUCUGAGCACCAAUCCUCACUUCCGUCCCAAUUCACUUAUCCAGUGCAUCGAUAGCUGGCUAUCGUGCACCUUCUCAAUCCUCAUCGCUUUCCGUUUUCAAGCCUGGAGGCAAUGCAUAUCCAACACAUUAGAUUAUUUCUGGCGUAAACGUGAACAGUGCAUGCCUCGUUAUUUCCUAUUUAAACUAACAAAGAUAUUGUUACAUUAUCCCACCAUUUUCUUCUCCCUGGUUGCUCCGUACAUCCUGAAAGCAUUCAAGACAUGCACAUGUUUCAACUAUUCGCUGACUGCUGAUAUGUUUCCAGUGUUCC